AUGGCCACAAACUACAGUGCAAAUCAAUAUGAAAAAGCUUUCUCACCCAGAAGUCUGCGGAACUGGUCUCCUGCCAAGCCAACUAAAGAGAGCAUCUCUUCUCAAGAAGGCUAUACUCAGAUUAUUGCCAAUGAUCGUGGUCAUCUGUUGCCUUCAGUACCACGCUCCAAGGCAAGUCCUUGGGGUUCAUUCAUGGGUACAUGGCAAAUGCCUCUGAAGAUACCUCCUGCACGGGUGACACUGACCUCCCGUACAGUGGCUGGUGCUGAUUCCCUCACUAAAUGGAUACAGAAAAAUCCUGAUUUGCUGACAGCCUCCAAUGGAUUACGUCCUGAAAUCUUAGGCAAGCCUCAUGAUCCACACAGUGGAUCUUCCACACAGAAGACGACUAACGCAAAGGCUGUACACCAAGCACCAAGUGCAACCAUAAUUCCAAAUACAGCAGCUACAGAUUCUAGUUCUCCUACUCAAGUGCAAAGUCCACACCCUUCUGCAGGUCAUACUCCAGCUUUCCAAAGCCCACCCAACCCUCCUAAUACCCCAUCUGGAAGUUUAAGCAUAACAGAACAAGGAGAAGGUCCUGAACCAGCAGAGGUCCUGAAAUGCAAACUUGGAACACUGGAAGGGAAGGAGGACUGCAAGAAGAAAACCUGUCUAAAGGCUGAGUAA